UCCUCCAUACUGUGUUCAACGCUACACUGCUGUGGUUUGAUAUUUCUUCUAUGCUUACGUUAAAACAAAUUCUCCAAAGACGUCUUCGACACAAAGGGCCGCAUUUAUAAGACAUAAAUUCAUUUUGGACGAUAUUCUGGGCACUGAGAUGGCUAAAGGUAAAGGGAAGAAAAAUGCGCUAAAAACGGGAAAAACACCAGGCGAGAAUGCUGAAAAUACAGCUACCUCACAAGCUGAGACAAAGGAAAACAAGCCACAAACUAACAAGGAAAGUGUGGGCAAAGUACAGUCAGUUCUCCAGAGUCUACGCAGUCCAGGUAAACCCAGAUCCCCGCUAAGCGACAGUUCCAGCAUGCUGAUCCAGGAGGUGAAUGAUUCUGAUGCAACUAAUCCUGAUCUGUCAAAGUUGAAGAAAGACACAACCGAUAAAACGAAGUCUGAGAGCCGUAGCUCCAAAGAGCAGAAACCUGAAGGGUCGGGCGAAAGCAAGACAAAAAAGCAAGGCACUGAGAAGCAAAAAGAGUCCAGUGCAAAAUCAGAUGACAAACCUGCUGCAGAUCCUGUAGUUCCAGCAGCUAAGCCUCGACGUAAAACCGGCUGCAUGCCUGGAGCAAAAACGGUGGAGAACAAAGCUCUUCAAAACAGAAAGGUCACAGAUUAUUUUCCCAUCAGGAGAAGUAGCAGAAAAACCAAAACGGAGAUAAAGAGUGAAGAGCACAGACACAUUGAUGACCUUUUAAAGAAUGGCACUGAAGAAGGAAUGAAGGUCAAAGACAUAGAGGGAAAAGGAAGAGGAGUAUUUGCUGUCAAAGGUUUCAAAAAGGGAGAUUUUGUUGUGGAGUACCAUGGUGAACUGCUGGAACUGGCUGAGGCCAAAAAGAGAGAGGCCCAGUAUGCCGAGGACCCUGAAACAGGCUGUUACAUGUACUACUUCCAGUAUUGGUCUAAAACGUACUGCAUAGAUGCUACCACGGAAACAGACCGUCUUGGGCGACUGGUGAACCACAGUAAAAGCGGAAACUGCCAGACGAGGCUGCACCCCAUUGAUGGGAAACCUCAUCUGAUCUUGGUGGCAUCCAAAGACAUCAACGCGGAGGAGGAGCUGCUCUAUGACUACGGGGAUCGGAGUAAAGCAUCCAUCUCUGCGCACCCUUGGCUCAAAUACUGAAAGCUAGAUCACACUGGAUGCUAACUGUUGUCAGUCGCUGCAUAUGCAAGCGGUACAUAAAAAGCCUUUAAAAAAAUACUUUUCUGUGAUGUCUUAACAUGCCUGAAGUGAAUCUCUAAGGUUCAAUACUUGGAAGUGUUUUUUUUUAUUUUUAUUUAAAAUGUGCUUUUUUUUAUUGUUUUUAUAUUUUUCUAAAUGCAUUGUGGGGUGUGAAUGCUAUUCUGGCUAUUGUAAAUUACCUGAGCUGGAUACUGAGGAAUAAAACAGUUGAGGUUUUAUUCCAGCUGUAGUGUGAUGAAUGCUGAAGACAAUCUGGAGGAUACAACGAUCUUUUGAUACUUUAGGGCUGCUGUUUUUUCUUUUCUUUAAUACUUAAGUCGUUGUAUUUAGGUUAUUCAUACCGCUGGCAGAUUUGGCUUUAAAGUAAUAUUUUGGUUUUACCAAUAUUUCUUUUCUAUUGGCUGUAAGUAAUAUUGUUCUGGGGUGAACCGUCGGUGUCACAACCAACAUUUGAUAAACAGUCUUUGGAGGGAGCUUAAUAUUAUGGUGAUGGCAUGGAGGCCUUCCAACCUCAAGGACAUGGAGUUCAUCACCAAAGAACUAAAUAAAAAUAAAUACCAGUGGCAACAUGGAAAAAACUGCUCAGCAAUUGGAGGGUUUGAUUACUUUAUUGUCAAAGAAUGUUUUCAAAUGAUUAUUGACAGAGGUGUAUAUAUUUUUUGAGCUUUUCUUUUUAAUAAAAUUGUAGCUAAAACUUUAA